AAAUACUUCAUGCAUUGUUCUGUUCAUACCAAAACUAUAUAGCUCAUGUCAAGAUAUAGCUAUUUUCAUAGCUUUUCAUCCUACAUGACUCCCUCAUUCCAGGCAAGCCGUGUAUGCUGAAGACUGGCGUCAGGGAGGGUCCAAAUAAGGGGAAGAGUUUCUACAUGUGUUCUCAGAUGCCCCAGUCGUGUGGUUUCACCACACCUGCCAGCCCCCCUCCCUUUGUUUGCCUGAAGCAUGCUGGGAAGACCAUAGAGCUCCAGAAGACAAGAGACAAGGAGAACCAGUUGUGGUUGUGUUAUAGAUGUCAAGUUACAAAGGAUGCCACCAAGGGAGAAGGUUGGUGUGGAAAAAUUCUUUACACUAUCCCUCCAGAAACAACGUCAGACAGUGAUUCAUCUGAUUCUGAAGAAUACGAGGAUGCUGACGGAGGGAAGAAGCUGAUGACACAGAUCGAGGACAUCGAGAAAGCUAUCAAAUCCAUUGAUCUUGGUGCCAGUCAAAGUCAACCUCAAGGUGCUUCAGGAGGCCAUGGUCGUCAGCAGCAGCCCAGUAAGCACCAACCCCAGGGGACGAG